UCAUUCCUUGGGUUCCAAACAAGGCCGCAGUUACAAAUCACUACUAGCUGCCAAACAUAAAUUUAGAACCAACCAUAUUGGUGAGCAUAAUUUUCAGUUGCUCUUUGGGGCGAACAUAAAAUGCAAUGCAAAACAUAUAUAAGUUCCCAAAAGUUUUCACUAAUUCUCCCUUUGUCGCCCUCACUGCUCUUGCGUAUCAUUUUGAUCUGAUACACCAAAAAAUUAACUGAAUCCCUCCACCGGCCACAUAGGAACCUCCGGCAUCGGAAAAAUGGCGGGCUCUCUUCUACGCCUCGCGAGCCGAUCUCGUCAAGCCUAUCCAUCUUUCCGGACCCCACUGUCGAGACCAUUCGCCUCAGACGCAUUGGUGGAGACCAAACCUGGAGAAAUCGGCGUGGUCUCCGGCAUCCCCGAAGAACAUCUUCGCAGACGGGUUCUGAUUUAUUCACCAGCUCGAACUGCAAGUCAGCAAGGAUCAGGAAAAGUUGGAAGAUGGAAGAUCAACUUCGUGUCUACUCAGAAAUGGGAAAAUCCACUGAUGGGUUGGACAUCCACGGGGGAUCCAUAUGCCAAUGUAGGUGAUUCUGCUUUGUGUUUUGAUAGUGAAGAAGCUGCAAUAGAAUUUGCUCAAAGACAUGGUUGGGAUUACACGGUUAAGAAGCAUCAUAAACCAUUUCUAAAGAUACUACCAGAAUCUAAUACUACCAGGAAAUCUAAUUCCACCCGAAAGCCCAACCCAUUACUCACGCGGGCCCUCUGCACAGCCACGGAAACCCGAACCCAAAAGCUCGAACGCAUCGCCGACGAGCUUCUGGACCUCACUAAGAUCGAGAGGCACGACUAUGCCAUCCUCUUCAGGCACAAAAUGGGCCUAAACCGAUACGGGCCUGCUGUUUCUGGCGUUGUAACUUCAUCCGGUGCUUCAGCUUCCGGGCCGGAUUCGGCCUCUGCAGAUGCCAAGGCUGCUGAAAAGACCAUUUUCGACGUGAAGCUCGAGAAAUUUGACACCGCCGCAAAGAUCAAAGUUAUUAAGGAGAUUAGAGGGUUUACUGAUUUGGGCUUAAAGGAGGCUAAAGAUUUGGUGGAAAAAGCCCCUGUAGUUGUGAAAAAAGGAAUUACUAAAGAAGAGGCCGAUGCAAUUGUUGAGAAGCUCAAGGCAGCUGGUGCUACUGCUGCAUUGGAAUGAUUAAUGUUUCGCCAGUUCUUCUUCUUCUUCUUUUUUCCGCUUGCCUGCCUUGUAGAAUAAUUUGAUACGUCAUUUUAGUUGGAAAUGAAAAAAGAGGUCUAUCAUUUGGGGCAUCA